AGAAGAAGAGAAAGGAUCCAUCAAGCCAUGUCAAGCAUUCCCGAAGAGGUAUACCUUGAAAUCCUUGUGCGGGUACCAGUUGAAACUACAUUCAUAUGUUCAAGCAAUGGCUUGGUUUGUUUAUGGAUUGACGAUGGCGAUAGAGAAUUCUUGUCUUUGGAAUCCAGCCACUACAGAGUAUAAGGAAAUACCUAAAUCACCUAAUGAAUUUCCGAACGAUAAUACUGACCUUUUUGCAUUUGGUUAUGCUCAUGCAACUGGCGAUUACAAGUUGAUCAAAGUUGUAUUUUUCGAGGAUAUGGAGGAAAACUAUAAGGAGGAAAAUUCUCUAGUCGACGUAUAUUCGCUGGGAACGAAUUCAUGGAAAAGCAUUCAAAGCAUUCCUUAUAAGUUUCCUUUCCCUAGAGUAGCUGGGGCGCUUGUUAAUAGAGCUCUGCACUGGUUAGGUGUAAAAAGUGCCAAAGACAGUUCCAAGGCUAUAGUCUCUGUAGAUAUCUGCGAAGAGAGCUUCCAAGAAAUUGAACUACCAAGAGUUUGUUUGGAAAAUAAGCAGGAUUUUAGGACUGUGGGAGUGUUGGAAGGGUGUCUAUGUGUCAUUGCUUUUAAUGGUGUUAAAUCUCAUUUUGAUGUGUGGGUGAUGCAGGAUUAUGGAGUUCGGGAAUCUUGGGCAAUACGUUUUUCUAUUAUCCAAGAGCGGGUUGCUGGCGAUUUACUUUUAUAUGGCCCGAAGCAUGGAAAUACUAGAGAACUACGCAAAUUAACAAAAAUGAAUGAAUUAGAAAAUUAUGUUGAAAGUCUGGUUUCACUCAACUCGGGUACCUAUUUGGGGAUAAAUAAAAAUAGAAGAAUCCAUAGAAGCAUGAAGAAGAGGCCUAAAUUGAACAAUGUGGGCAAAUGCUAGUUCUUGUUAUGAGUUUUUCUUUUUGUCAUGGCUGAUUUCGGUAUGCAACCUUUUUAGGGAACAAGAAACAAUGAGGAAGUUAGGAAUACAAAACGAGGUAAAGAGGUGUUAUUGUAUUUUCGAUGUUUUUGCCAAUUUUUUUUUGUCAUAUACAAUGUAAUGAGACUUGUUAGCCAUUCUCGAGCAAUAUAACUCUAAUAUAGAAUUUUGGUUUUUGUCA